CCAGAAAAAAAGAUGAAUCUGUUUAUCCAGAAACGAGAAUAAAAAGUGUAACAGUUGGAGCUUUAAUAGUUCCAAGUUCAUAUCUUGCUUAUGGAUUGUUAUUGGAAAAUAAUUUUUGUGGUUUUUUUUGGUGA